AUGAAGCAGUGAGUUUUCUUUUAUUCUUUCUGGAGAAAAUCUGAAAUUUUCAGUAAACCAAAGAAGUCUUCCCUAGAAGAAUCUUCAAAUGAAUUCGAAAAAGGCAGCAGAAUCAGGUUGAUUUUGCUUCUUCUUGUAAUUUUCCUGGUUUAUGCAUCAAUUUUCGCGGCUGUUGUAUUUGUUGGGUUAUCUCAAAAUUAUCCAGAGAAAAUCGAGAAAAAAGAGCCAACAGAAGUAGUUUUGGAGAAAGAAGAACCGACGGAGAAUAUCUACAAGGUACAUUUUGCCACGCGUGCGGUUCGCAACGCGGUUCGAUUCCAAGCCGCGUUGCAAACCGCACGCGUUGAAAAAUCUUCAUUCUGUUUUCAUUUUCAGGACAAAGAAGAAGAUGCAUCCGUUUGUCAAACCGAAUCCUGUAAAAAAUUAGGAGAAACCAUGUUAUCCUAUAUGAAUAAGAAUAUAAAUCCAUGCGAAGAUUUUUACAAAUAUACAUGUGGAAAUUAUAAUGGCAGCAAGUUGGCGAUUGUUGAAGAUCAGCUGGAGAAAAAAACGAAACUUGCGAAAUUCUAUGUGAAUUAUGAGCCGCAAACAAGUUCCGAGAGAAUUUCAAAAGUUAUGAUGCGAAAAUGUGUGGAGACGGCGGAAUACCAAAAAUAUCAAAAAAUUACUGAGAUUUGGAAAAGUGGUGAUUUGACUGAUGUGCUCAUUGAGAUAGCAAAAGUGAGCCCAAAUAAAGGGGGUUUUAUUCAAAAUGAGGUGCGUAUGGGAGAUGUUGUUGGAGAGCAGAAAGUGUUGAAUCUAUAUCUUCGAACUGAUAUUAUGCCGAGUAAGAAGAAGAAAUUGAAUGUAAGGAUUUUUUUUUGAAAAAAAAAUUACGUGGCCGAGAAAUGUUGAAGUUCGGCCACAUGUUUUUUCCAGAUUCUUCAAGAGAAAUACCUCGAUGUGAUUGGAGAGAAUCCGAAUGUUCUCCAAAACGAAAUCGUGAAAUUCAAUGGCGAAGAAAAUAUUCUCAAAAAUAUCGACCUCAAAAAAUACAUCCUUGGAUUGUUGCCAGAAGAAAUACGCGCGCAGAAUCCGACCUGGGAAGUAUAUAUUUAUAAAAAUGAAAUGAUGGCACUGGAUUCGGUUGUGGAGAAAUUCGGAAAGAAUAAAUUGAUGAAAGAGCUCCAGAAAGUCUAUCUUUCAAAAAUUAUCAAAUAUUAUGUGUUCAAACCCAAAAAUCCAGAAAUCGAACAAGAUCGGGAGAAACUUUGUUAUAAGAGGAUCGAAAAAAUGUUCCCUGGAACUUUGAGCAUGAUUUUUAUCAAAAAUUUUGGGAAUUUCGAAAAUAUCGAAAAAGCCUAUCGAAUUCUUGAUGAUAUAAAAAAUGCAUUAGCUGAAACAAUUGAUGAAAACAGUUGGAUGGAUGAAGAAUUGAAGGUUUUAUUGAAAAACGAAUUGGUAUUGUUGAAAAGUUCGAUUGGAAGACCGGAUGAAUAUAAGGAAAAUGAGAAUGUUGAGAGAAUGUAUAAGGCUGUUGAGAAAGUGAGAACAUCGGAAGAGCAAGGAUAUACAGAAUUGAUUAGAAAUUUGUUGGCGAUGAAUAGUGAGGAGACAUUUUUGAGAGUUUAUAAGAAAGAGACGAUGACGUUUUUUAUGAAAUCGGCUAGAGGAUCACCGAAUUAUCAUCCGGAAACGCAUAGAACUUGUGAGUGAGAAAAAAAUGCGGAUUUUUCAAGACCAAAUUUGCAUAUGGUAGCGUCAAAGUUUGAAUUCUCAAAGCCACGUGUUUUUCUUAUUUGUUAGCGCAAAAAUUUGAAAAUUCGAAAUUUUUUAUCAAAAUUAUUAGUUAGUCGCCAAACUUAUUUACUGAUUUUUGAAACUAAAAAUAGAAAAAAUUGCCUUGAGAAAAUUUUUUCACCAAAAAAUUCAAUUUUUUCAGCAAUCCCAUGGAAUUUGAUGAAUUUCCCACACAUCGAUGAAAAUCUACCAGAAUGGGCCAUAAUUAGUGGAAUCGGAAAUAUUAUGGCACACGAAGUUGGACAUAGCUUCGAUGCUUGGCUUUUUUUGAACAACGCAGCUCUAAAACCGCAUAAAAUCAGUGAUUCGAGCAAACAAGAAUUCGAAAAACGUAUCAAAUGUAUAGCUGAAAAAUAUUCGAAAUUCGAACUUCCCGAUGGCACAUUUUCUGAUGGUUUUAGAACAAAUUCAGAGGAUACCGCGGAUAAAAUUGGUUUUGAUCUGGCUGUUCGACUUUUCAAAAAACUCGGAAAUCAUCAGAAAUUACCGGGUUUUGAGGAUGUCUCGAUUGAAAGACAAUUUUUUCAAAGAAUGUAUAUUGUAGGUUUUUCACAGCUUAUAUUUUUAAGAUUAUGGAAAAAUUUUCAGGAUGUCUGUGGUCCCGAUUUGAAUAUGAAUGAUAUGCCACGUUUGAAUGGUGAUAUUCAUAGUGCAAAUGUGUUCAGAGUUCGAGGAAUUAUGUCGAAUUCGGAGGAAUUUGCAAAAGCUUUUGGAUGUGCUGAAAAUCAAGCAAAAUGUCCAAUGUUUGAAUGA